UCUGAUGUAGAAGUAGACCUACGCUGAUCCUGUUUUUGUUUCACACGAUGCCGACUAGACUGCUCCUACUUCUCUUUCUGUCCGGACACGUAUUUUCCAAAGAACCACCUGAUGUGGACUGUUGGGUGAUUCAUCUGAAACAUAUCAACUGUUCCUGGAAUAAACAAGGGACUCCAAACGUCAAUUACACCUUCAACAGUUGGUUCGUAAUGUUCCAGAGUGACAAAAAGAACUGCACCACCUAUGUGUCCGAGAACAACACGAACACUGGAUGUAUCCAACCCUACGACCAACUGUUAGACAGAAGGUUCCGUACGUUUCAAACCAGACUGUCACACGGCAACGAGACUUUCGUGAAGACGCAUCAACUGAAACAAAAAGUGCUGUUAUAUGCACCAAUCAACCUGACUGUCAAGAAUGGCUCGGACUAUAACCUGUGGUUUUACUGGAACCAGACUGCUUCACAUUGUGUGGCGAGUGAGGUUCGCUUCAGGGUCAACGACAAGAGUUGGGAGACUUCUCUGGUCAGUAUUGGGACUCAGAACUACUGCAUCAACUUGCCUUCCAGCAGUUCCAGAUAUGAGCUUCAAGUGAAGAGCAGAGUGGGGAAAGACUGCGGAGAGUCUUUGAACUGGAGCAGCUGGAGUGAGCCUGCAGUCUGGGGAUCCAACAACAGCACAGACACCAAUGUGUCUGCCUGGACUCCACUGCUUUAUGUGGUCGCUGCUGUAAUACUCAUCCUGUUCGUCAUGAUGUUCCUACCCAAUGAAAGGCUCCGAAUCAUCCCAAUCCCUGUAGUUCCAAAGCCAUCCCUGCUCCUUUACGACAUUGAGGAUUGGCUUCAAUUCUCCAAAGGCAUGAAGGGGAAUUUGAACUACAACGAGCAGGCCUGUCCUGUCCGGGAGUACUGCCACGUCUCUGAGUCCGACAGCUCCAGCUCUGAUGGCUCCACCUGCUCCGUCACCACCGACCAAACCGAUUGCUCCGUCUCCAUCGCUGUGAACAAUGCAGACGACCUUUCCACCUCCGCAGGUCCUCUCUCCUCUCAGGAGGAGGAGCAGGUGUUUGUGUAGGAGGCCUCUCAUUGGGGUUUGUCGCGACUUUUCGAUCAGGAAAUUCUUAUACUGACAGACACAUCUAAGAAUACAUGAUGUAUCCUCUUUAAAUUCUCCUUGUCAGAUGAUAUCAUAGUAUAUUGAGACACUUAAAGGCAAACAAUUAUAUCAAAAUUCUUAGUGUGUAGGGAUGCCGACCACAAGAUGGGAAAAAACAGCUUCACUAUUUUUGAAUGUAACUUUGCACAGAGAGACAUAGUCUAAAAAAGAAGCUGCAAUAAAAGUACUAAUUAAAAAUCUAUAUAAGCAAAACAGGACUUCAUUUGUCUCAACACUUCAUUUAAUCAUAUCAUUUAAUAACGAUGACAUUUUUUCUUCAUAUGCAUCUUUGAAGUUGGAUAAUCUGUGGAUGUUUCAUGAUAGAUUCAGUGAAAUAUAUGUACACUUUUCAUAUUUUUAACAUUUGUAUGACAAUGGAACAAAAUGUAUACCCUGGUAUCUUUGCUGCACCAGAAAUAUUUUAUCUGCUCUAUACAGUCUGGCACCCAGUCUUAAAUAUUUCUGAUCUUAUUUUUGAUAUUAUUCCAGUGGUUGACUGAAAGUUCCUUUCAGUCUAUGAGACAAAGUUCAAGAUACAUUUCUGUUUGCUUUGUAACACAUAGUUUUAGUUUCAUGCAGUCGGAGUACUUUUGUUAUUCACUAUGAACAAUAAUCAGAUUAAUUAUAGAAAAUAGAUGCGAUAAACACAAAAAAACACCAUUCUCUGUUAACUCACUUAUUACAUAUUACUUUACUCUAAUAAGACACCUGAUAAAUGAAUUUAGAGGAAACUUAUAAACUCUUUGAUAUAAUUGUCGAAAAUUAUUCACACAUGGAACUUUGAUAUUGGCAAGUCUACAAAAUCAGUUUGGCUGCUGUCUCAAACAUUACACUUGUUUUGUCUUUUUAGUCACAUAGAAAAAUGAUCUAUGUUGUAUCUUCUUAUUAACAUUUAUGACUACAGACUUGAUGAAAGUGACAAAACAUCGCAAUAUCCAAAGGCUCAUAUUAAAAUCACCAAAGAACUGCAUCAUUUUAUUUUAACAUAAUAUACCUUAAAACUUUAAAUGUUACUUAUUUUAAUAUCUUUGAAUGUACUUUUUAAAAAUAGGCUGGACGUUGUUGUUGGAACCUAUUUGUAUUUGUAUUGUUCAUUUACAAUGUGACUUACUGAUGUUUUUGUACUGUGAUGUUUUCAGGCCAAUUUGGUCUUAAUUAGUUAAGUGAGCCUAUAUAAACGGGGUGAAUCGUCAUGAUUGACAGCUGAGACUGACUCGCGAUUGGUCGCGCUACAUGUUUUUAAUUCUUUGAAUGUACUUUAUUUUUUAUUUUCUUGGACGUCGUUGUUGGAGCCUCUUUGUACUGUUAUCGUUUAUUUACAGUGUGACUUUUUGGUUUAACUGGUUGUUGUUGGAGCCUAUUGGUAUUGUUAUUGUUUAUUUACUUAGCUGUAACCUCCCACUUGUAUGUUUUUGCUCUAACUGAUUGUACGUUGUUGUUGGAGCCUUUUUGUAUUGCUAUCGUUUAUUUACCUAGCUUUAAACUCCCACAUUUAUCUUUUUGUUUUAACUGGUUCGACAUUGUUGUUGGAGCUUCUUUGUAUUGUUAUCGUUUAUUUACUUAGCUGUAAACUCCCACAUUUAUCUCUUUGUUUUAACUGGUUCGACUUUGUUGUUGGAGCAUCUUUGUAUUGUUAUCGUUUAUUUACAGUGUGACUUAGCUGUAAACUCCCACAUUUAUCUUUUUGUUUUAACUGGUUCGACAUUGUUGUUGGAGCUUCUUUGUAUUGUUAUCGUUUAUUUACUUAGCUUUAAACUCCCACAUUUAUCUUUUUGUUUUAACUGGUUCGACUUUGUUGUUGGAGCUUCUUUGUAUUGUUAUCGUUUAUUUACUUAGCUUUAAACUCCCACAUUUAUCUUUUUGUUUUAACUGGUUCGACAUUGUUGUUGGAGCUUCUUUGUAUUGUUAUCUUUUAUUUACUUAGCUGUAAACUCCCACGUGUAUC